AUGAGUCAUGAAUCGUUCAACUGUCCCACCAGAAAUAGACUAGAGAGGGGUGCUCAGAGGAGUGAUACUCAGAGAGGCGACGCUCAGAGGGGUGACAGACCCACUACUGCUGGGAGAGUGUUUUCUUUGACUGGGGCUAAGGCUUCGACUUCUUCUGACCUGGUGAAGGGGAAGGGUAAAGCUGUUGGUAAGAAUGUGAUGAUUCUUUUUGACUCUGGUGCUUCUCACUCUUUUAUUUCCUAUGCUUGUGCUGCUAUGCUGGGUGUGCCGAUAUGUGAUUUGGGGUUGAGACUACUAGUGUCGAUGCCCGCUUCUGCUUCGGUAGUUGCUUCGGAGCUGUGUGCUGGUUGUCCGAUUGAGGUGAAUGAGAAGAGGUAUAAGAUUGUGCCAAUAGGAGGCUGA